CAAAGCCGCCAGCAAAGCAAGUCGAAGCUCCAACAGUCUCUUGUUGCUUACGUCUGUCAACAAUCUGUCGAACAAUCUCUAGCCAUUACGGCAACUCAUACAGAUAUAGUUAGCUAGUAGCAGAGGAAGCAAGGAGGGCGGCCGGCCAUGGAGGAGAUGGCUGACGAGAGCAGCCAGUACCAUUGGCACGACGACUUCAGGUUCGGGGACGAGCUCAUGAGGGAGCUUCUCGACGCGCCGGCGAUGGUGGCCGGCGCUGACAAUUCUUCUUCCAACAAGGGUGCUGAUGAGGACGAAGAACGGGAGGAGGAUGGACCGGCAGGAGCUCGGCGCCGGGAGUCGAUGGUGAACAGGCUCAUCUCCACCGUCUACUCCGGGCCCACGCUCAGCGACAUCGAGAGCGCCCUCUCCUUCACCGGCGUCAGUGCCGACUCGCAGCAGCUCCUCGACGGCCGCAAGUAUUACAGCUCCAGCCCAGUGGUUUUCUCGCCGGACAAGGUGCUUAGCAAGAUGGAGAACAAGUACACGAUGAAGAUCAAGAGCUGUGGCAGCGGGCUAGCCGAUGAUGGGUACAAGUGGAGGAAAUAUGGCCAGAAAUCCAUCAAGAACAGCCCCAACCCAAGGAGCUAUUAUCGGUGCACGAACCCCCGGUGCAACGCCAAGAAGCAGGUGGAGCGCGCCGUCGACGAGCCGGACACGCUGGUCGUCACCUACGAAGGCCUCCAUCUCCACUACACCUACUCCCACUUCCUCCAGCACCCGACCCCUACUCCCUCCGGCACGGCCGCCGCAGCGGCCAAGAAGCCCAAGCUGCACCUGCACACCGCCCCCGCAACAACGACUACCUCGCCGCCGCCGGCCAUGCCGCUCGACGGUGCCGUCGUCCCUGCCGGCGCUGGAGGAGACAGCAGCAGCGAUAGUGGUGGUGGUCAUAACGUGGCCGCUGAGGCAGGCUUCCUGCUGGAGCAGGCGGUGCCCAACUGCUCGGCGUCGUCGUACAUGUUCGACGGCGGCUUUGCUAGUGGCGAGGAGCGGAUGUUGCCGAGCGGCGGCGGGCUGCUGGAGGACAUGGUGCCGCUGCUGGUCCGGCGACCGUCGUGCAACUCCGCGGCCACCACCACCACCACUAGCUCGUCGGGAUCGCCGGCAGGGGCGCCUGUGUCGUCCCCGUCUCCAUCCACGUCGUCGUCAGUGUCAUGGACCCCGGCGUCGCCGUACAUCGACAUGGCCAUACUCUCCAACAUCUUCUAGCUGACUAGUAAAUUAAAUAACUUGUGUUGUGCAUGUGUGCACCAAGGGUGCCCCAGUGUGUGAUUAGUAGUAGUAUCUAGCUAAAUAGCCGUUGCAUGCAUAGUUGUUUAAUCUCCCAAAACUGUGAGGAUUUGUGUUGUAAGCAGAGUAAGAUUAGUGAUUUAGUACAGGGUGCUGAAUAAUUGUGUGCAUACAUCUGGCGUGCGUGGCGGUGCAAUGAUGUAAAAGCAUGUUGCAAAAAAGUAAUUGUAACACCCCAACUUUUGCAACCUUGUUUAGUUAUCCUUAGUGCAAAAAUUAGGGGGAACAAAAACUUUUUCUCUAGACUAAUUAGAUGAAUUGCCUUGAUAUG